AUGCCCUCGGCGCGCGCAGUGGGGCCUCCGCCAACGGUAUCAAGCGACGUAUUCGAGAUUGUAGCGGAUGGAAACGCGGAUGUGCUGGAAGACAUGAUCGCCUUCUCUGGAGCUCAGCACAUGUGCGAGCUGCGAAGCAAGAAGAAGGAGGACUACGGACGAAAUCUUCUCCACUGCGCUGUCGCGAGCGGACAACGGCCGACGCUGCAAGUCUUGCUGAAACAUGAAGCUUUCGACGCAAACCAGGUGGACAGCGUGUACACCAGGAGUACGCCAUUGAUGGAGGCCGUCAAGAUCGGUCGGCUAGACCUCAUCGAGUGUGUAAUUGCGGCAGGCGCUCGGCUUAAUGUGCAGCUGAAGAACAACAGCGGGGAGAACGCCGCUGACGUUGGGGCCAAUGACGUCGCCCGCGAAUCCAUCCGCCGCCUGGUGUCUGGCGAGGAGGCCCCCGGCCUGCCCCCGAAGAAGCACAACUCCUCAAGCGUGAGGGCCAGCCAAUCCGGCAUCAAGAGUAACGGGCGUGCAUUAUACGCAGCAGCACCAGAAGCGGGGGGAGGAGGAGGACUACGGCCGAGCCAAUCUGGCCCUGUUGGUUCAAGUUCAGCAGGGUUACGGCCAAGCCAGUCAGGGCACACGACAGGAUCCAGACCGAGCCAAUCGGGGACUCCGCCAGGGGCGAGAUCGAGCCAAUCAGCAGGACGAAACCCGGAAACCAGAAACAGCCAGCACCAGCAUCACAGUCAGUCUCAAGCGACCAAAAGAAACCACAGACCGGGAUCAGCUGCCACGUCGCCGACUCCGCAACCGGCCCCAUUGACAAGACACUCUUCGCCGGGGACACGACCCGGGGUGAUGUUGGGGGUGCUGACAGGCGGAGGGGGUAGCACGGCACCAACCCCAGAGGGGGGCAUGGCAGUGGCGAUGGCGCAAGGGGGGGCGGCGGCGGUGGUGGGAGAAGGGGUUGCCCGGGGGCAGGAAGGACAACCAACGAAGCCUUUGUUGCUCCCCAAGGUGAAAGGAGUGGUUAAAAGCUACGCUGCGAUCGUUGGAGCAGCAGACGCGAAGAAAAAUGAAGAGGGCAUGAUUCGAGUGAGAGCAUCCUCUACCCCUACAUCACCAACAGCUCAUGUGCAAGAGACGCCUGGCUGA